AUGGGUAUAUUUGACGAGGCAGCUCCCAUUCAGUAUGCAGAUUUUGAGAAGAGGAUAUCCAAACGAGACAUUGGAGACAAUUCAAAAAUUAUGCAUUCUCUUGAAUAUUCAGAGAGGGCUCUUUUAAAGAGUUGUCAAAAACAAAACCAAAUAUACCAAAACGAUGUUCCUGGAGCAAAAUUUAUUCACAUAAGCAUUGAAGAACACACUAAUUUGCAACUUAAGAGAUGGCUCAAAUGUAGGGGUCUUUCUACAUCUGGGAAAAGAAAAGAUCUAAUUGAAAGGUGUGAAAAUGCAGUAAAGACUUGUGCCAAGAUUGAUCCUCGGGUAGAUGAAGGAAAAUGGUAUGAGAUGAAAAAAGAACCAACAAAACCCUCCCACCAAGUGCCAUAUCUACCAAUAUCAGGCUGGCAUCCAUUUCCCUCAAAAACCUUGCCCAAACAUUUUGACUAUGGUAAUAUAUACCAUUAUCUUGUGGAGACUGUUACCUCUUUUGACUCCUUAGAAGUCUGCAGUGAUACUGACAGUGAUGCAGAAACUGGUCAAAGUUCUAGUGAUGUGCACACCAGCAAGUCGUUUACGAAAGGGAGAAGCUUAUUUAGAAGUGGACAUGUGAAAAACAUGGAAGAUAACCAACAGAAAGAUCACUACUUUUUAAAAUCCACAGUUCUUGCAUCAUACUCGCAGAAAUCUUAUUCAGUGACACUCACAAUAUCAGAAAAUUCAGGAGCAGUUAAAGAAGGGACAUGUACAUGCUCAGCAGCUGGGUUAGGUAGAUGUGCACAUGUGGCUGCCCUUCUAUUCGCUUUAGAAGAUUUUGUUUCGGAAUUCGGGUAUGAUUUACCCACCUGUAAAGAAAAACUAUGUAAUUGGAAUAAAGGAAGAAAGAAAAAUAAAACACCAUCAACUGUUCAUUCUAAGGAAUACUCAUCGAUGAAAAAAGAACUGAAGAAAAAAAGGGCUAGUGGAAUCGAAAUUAUUACAUCUGACCCAAGACCAAGCAAUCAAAGACAUACCGAAAUUUCAAAAGAUGAAAAAAGUAGCUUUAGGUCUGACCUGUGGCACAUAGGUGGGGAUAGUGGCUGUACAACCCUCUUAGACUAUGAAUAUGAUGACUUUUCCCUUGACGACUAUGGUAUUGAAAUUCUAAAACAACAAUGCAGUCAGUUUCAAGAAAAUCUUAAAACUGCAUGUGAAGAAAAAUCUCACCCUUUCAUGGCAGAUAACACAAUUAACCAAUCAGAAUCUGAGAUGUGGAUGUUUCACAGACAAUGCAGAAUUACUGCAUCUAAUUGCAAAGAUGUUGUUUGUGUAAAUAAGGGUCAUACUGGGUUAGUAAAGCGUCUUUUAUGGGCAGGCUGUCCUUUAACUCCAGCUAUUUUGUAUGGGCGAGAAAACGAAUCUAAAGCAUAUGAGCAAUACCUGAAAGAAAGUCCAAAUUUUACAGUUGAAAAAACUGGACUAUGGCUUAAUCCAGCACAUCCACAGUUAGGUUGCAGUCCAGAUGGACUCUUAAAAGAUGACCAGUCUGGACUUGAGGGACUUAUUGAAAUAAAAUGCCCUUAUGUCUUGAAGCAUUGUGAUCCCAACAACAUGAACAAUUGUAAGAAUGUCUUAACAAAAAAGGAGCUAAACAACUUUUUUUGUACAAUUGAAAAUGGCAAACUUCGAUUGAAAAGAAAUCAUAAAUACUACUAUCAAGUGCAAAUGCAGCUUGGAAUUUGUAAAAAAUCUGUUUGUGAUUUUAUUGUGUGGUCACCAAGUGGAAUGUCUGUCGAGCGUGUAAACUUUGAUCAGACUUUCUGGAAAAACACAUUUCCUAAGUUGGCGUCAUUUCACAGGGAAUACUUAGUACCUGAAUAA